AUGGAUGCCGCCCCCAAGCAAAAUACCAGCACUGUGGACCCACACCGUGACGCCCGUGCCAUCGUCCGCCUGGUCCAAUGCUCCCAAUGCUCCCUCCCACUUCGAACGCCUCUCACGCUGCCAUGCGGCAACUCACUGUGUCGGAUCUGCCUGCCAGAACUUCACAUCAGGACAGGAGUUACAUACCCCAUGACGGCCAACCGGCAAGAAGGCUUCACGUGCCCAUUUAAAGAAUGCGGGAGGGACCAUUCGUUGGGUGAUUGUAGUCAAGAUGUUACUUUGGCCAAGGUCAUGGAUCGAGUGAGCAUCGAGGUCGCCCAUUCCAGGCCUUUGACAAGCCACACACCGACACUGCUGGACGAAAGGCCCCGUUGGAGGAACGUGGUCGAUAGCUCAAAAGAGCCUAAGCAUCCGGCAUCAAGAAUUCUCAACGGGGGACGCUUGGUCGCUACAUAUACGAUGGCGGAGAUCGGGGAACUCAAGUAUGAUUCCGAGGUUGCCUACCAGACAAUGUCACCCACAGGAGACAGUUAUGAAGAUCUGGAUUUUACCAUGCUAGCCCACCUCAAGGAAGCUACAAAGGCCGAGCUCGAUUGCCAAGUCUGCUAUGCUCUAAUGUUGGACCCUUUGACAACAACUUGCGGACACACAUUCUGCCGGAAAUGUGUGGCUCGUGUACUAGACCAUUCUACCAUGUGCCCAAUAUGCCGAAGGGAUCUUCCAAUGCCACCCGGUGUUCGAAAUGUGCCCGGAAACAAGAGGCUGUCGGAGCUCCUUACUGGCCUUUGCCCGGACUUAGUCGCUGCCAGGGCUGAAGCUGCUGCACAGGAGGAGGUUCUUAUGCUUGGGGAAGAGAACGUUCCACUUUUCAUUUGCACGCUUGCGUACCCGUCAAUGCCCACUUUCCUUCACAUUUUCGAACCCCGGUAUCGCCUCAUGAUCAGACGCGCUAUCGAAAAUGGGGAUGGCAAAUUUGGAAUGCUGAUGUACAAUCGGAGGGCCGCUCCACAAGGCAACUUGGGCUCUGUUCAAUUCCUGCAGUUUGGAACUCUGGUCCACAUCAAUAGCAUCGAAAUUAUGCCAGAUGGCCGAAGUCUGAUUGAAACCCGAGGGAUUUCCAGGUUUCGGGUCAAGGACUGGGACAUGCUCGACGGUUACAUUGUGGGCAACAUCGAGCGUCUCGACGAUAUCUCACUGGCAGAAGAAGAGCAGGUGGAAGUGACUGAAACCACCAACCCCGUUCCAGCACAACACGACCUGAUAAGCCAGAUCGACCACAUGUCGACCCAGGAGCUGCUGAAAAUCGGCACUGACUUCAUCACGAGGAUGCGGGCUGCGUCUGCUCCUUGGCUUCACGAGGGUGUCCUUGCAUCCUACGGUCCUCCACCAGAUGAUCCUGCCCUUUUCCCCUACUGGUUCGCCAGUAUCAUACCGAUCGGGGAGGAAGAGAAAUACAGAUUAAUACCUACGACAAGCGUGAGGGAGAGGUUGAAGGUUACAGCACGUUGGGUGCGGCGUAUAGAAGCUCAAAGAUGUUCAACAUCAAGGGAUGACACCGAGUCAUCGGACUCUGACGAUGAAGGAGGCGUCUCUGCCUCGGACGACGAUUCUGUUACGCAGACGACUGAUGACGUCCAACCAUCCCUCGGAUUCCUCCAAUCCUUACGGGUUGCCGCCUUGAAGAAGUUGAAGAUUUACUACCUCCAUCCUGCCGACUUCGGCUCGUUCAUCGACUUAGGGUAG